AUGGAGAUGUGGACUGAUAAGGACCUAUUAGUCACAGGAAAUAGCUGUGAACCGCUGGAGGGGAUAUGUUCAGGAACCAAGUCACAACCGAAAGACUACGGCCCCAUAAGAAACCACAACCAAAAGACUACGGCCCCAGGAGAGCCACCUCAAGGAACUGAGAUAAAAAUCUCAACAAGCGCUACAAAGAAUCCAAUACAGCCGAAAGACUACGGCUCCAGGAGCCGAAAGACUACGGCCCCAAAUAAGACAUCGAUGAAGGUGUGUUCCAAGAGACAAACGUCUGUGAAAUUGACACGGAAGGGCCCUGGCUAUUCUUGUCCCGCAACUAACGAUAGUCAAUCGAAACGCAGGCCUCACGAUGGUGCUCUCUCUCCCUAUGGUCUUCAGGCUGCAAUUGCCCCAGAAGCAGAAGAUUGGCAUAUCGAUCAAGUUCCUUCGACUUGUUCACGGCUCGCGCGGCUGGGUGCGGACGAUCAGGUAGCCGGACGGCGGGGAAUUUUCGUCUUGCGUAACAAGGGCAACAGUAUUAGCAUGAUAACGAUCCAGGCUAUCAUUUUCAUGGGAAUUGUGACAAUUCCCCGAGAAAAAUUGCAAUACGUUUGGCUGCAAGUGACGAGAGAGGGCUAA